AUUCGUCGUCUUGUUGAGAGUUUGGGCGCACCCGUUUCUAUGUAGUUCGCGGCCGCUUUGCAUCGCACUAGGUCAGAGAUUCCUGCUGUGGUUUGGAGUACGGCAGUAGUCUCGCCUGGAUACUCUGAGGGGACAAAACUUUUCAAGAGGCUUUUGUUGUGUUCUGCUACACAACGUAAAAAGAGGUUCGGUGGAAUGAUUUUCAGCUGCUGGAAGACGAUAGCAGCUGUUUGGAUUCUGGAUUAUGCCGCAGAUGCUGCUACUAAUGAAUACAUAUAUCCCACAAUUAUAUAUCCUAGGAACAUCACAAUGGGCUUCGGCUACAACGUCAAGUAUCUCUGUGUUCUUCACGUGGCAGAUGAAACACAUUUCGACAUUACUUGGCAUCACGGGGACUCCAUGUUAACGAGCGAUUCCAAGCGCACUGUGGAAGUGAAGCCUGACGGACCCCAAACCUUAAUCAGUCAUUUGGAAGUGCGUGACUUGAAUGAAAACGACGCUGGAAGUUACAGUUGCUCUGCGAUUGUUAAAGUUGGGGAGACAAAAGUAGUUCCGGACGUGGUGUACCUCAACCUCACAGACUACAGGGCCGCCCACUGGAGCGAGCCGUGUCUGAACGACACCAGCUCUUGUGUGGACACAAACACCGGGUGCUUCUCCGUGAGCCCGCCCCUCAAGCAUUCCCCGACGUCGUUCGCCUGCCAGUGCCAGAAGGACUUCCCCAUUUACAACCGGGAAGGACGAAGGUGCGACAAAGGAUCCCGUUUGGGCGAGCCGUGUGAGAUACAUCAUCAAUGCACUUGGUUUACGGACUACUCCGAGUGUGCCUCGGAGACAUGUCAAUGUGUUGAUGGAUUCAAGGCCAAUCUCGUGGGUACAAAAUGCACAAAUGAAUCAUUCAUCGACUACACGUGCACAUUUGACUGGGAGUGCGGAGACACAGGCAUGGUAUGUCUUGACGGAGCAUGCCGCUAUAAAGUCGCUAUUUCAGGAGGACAAAUUGCUUUACUGACCUUAUUGUCACUGAUUGGCUUCCUCCUGCUUAUUUACCUGUGUGUUCUCUGCGUUCGGUGCUUCAGGCAAAGGAAGUCAUCAAAACGUCACCACGAGCCAGAGAUAUUUAUUGUUCCAAUGAACAGCUGAGAUCGUCCAAGAGGGUUGUUUUUGGUUUUAGAAGAUGUGCAUACCAGAGUCAUGUAUAUAGAAAUGAAAAUAUUGAUUGCAUAAUUCAUACCCACAAACCAGCUUUGUAAAUACAUUAAUUCGUGUGAAUAAAACGUUUUACACAUUUAA